AAUUCUAAAUUCUAAAUUCUUGAUGAUUCCUACCAGUCAGUGGUAAGGGCACAGUUGUCCAGAAAAGCUGAAAGACUCACGCAGCCCAGCCAGGAGCCGCCAGAUUGUUGUAGAAAUUAGACAACACUCGCAGACCUCUGAAGUCCUCUGAAGCUAGCUACAAAUCUUUUUAGCUGGCAUGGAAAUCGAUGAAGCAACUUUUGUCACCUUGAUCAACCCCAACCAGUUCCCUGCCAAGUUGUGGCGUUUGGUGAACGAUCCGCAGAUUCGCUCAAUCUGGUGGGACACCAGCGGGGAAGGAAUACUUGUCCAUCAGCAAGCCUUCGAAGCUGAAGUGCUAUUGUCCCAACCCAGGCAUUUGUCUGAGUACUUCAGAACGACGGAUUUCGUCAGUUUCAUUCGCCAGCUGAACCUCUACGGUUUCAGAAAAGAACGCAUAGACCGUGACGUCUCAGACAAGCAACCCAACGUCUCAUCCAUUAAGGCCCAGCUGCACCACUUUCACAACCCGUUCUUCAAACGGGAUAAGCCCGAGCUUCUAGUCAAACUAAAGCGACUCACGCCUCUCAACAAGGCCAAGCUCGCCGGGAGAGAGGUGACCAGCAGGAAAUCAAAACAUUUCCAUCAUGUGAUGCUGAAUUCGCCACAGGAAACCUCUGGCUUAAUGAAAACAGGUUCAGUCUUGCUUGGACAUCAGGGAACCCCUUACCACCUUCCCUGUAAUGGCCCUCAGCAGGAGAAGGACUGCGACAGAACGUCCAAAUCCUCCCAAGCAUUUGUAGUGGGCCAUGGUGAUCCUUCUCCAGUUACAUUAAACACUAAUGACGCUGUGCCGGUCCCUGUGUCUCACCACUUCCCAGUGGACUCGUCGAGUGCACAUCCCUCCAGCGUCAUGCACAUGCAGCAGGGCGUCAAACCUCAUCACUCACAGCACGGGUUUCACACACCAGUGUAUCAGCGCUGUAGCCCAGACGUCUUGGAUUCAAAAGUGCCAUGCUUUCAACAACCAGCUGCUUCCUACUCUCCUUGUGGCUAUUACCCUGGCCACUCAGUCAGAUACGCUCAUCCGAUUGAUCAGGAUCCAUACUGGAAAGCAGGUGAUGUUCCAGAGUCCAGGACGAGUGACAUGAAAGACAAAGAGAAAGUGGACCUGGACACUAUAUUCAAACUGGCGGAUGAAAUACAGGUUGAAGCUGCCGCAGGGACCAGUUACCUGAUAAGACAGCUUGACUAGGGAGCACGUUUUAUUUAGAGUGUAGUGUUAAUUCUUUGCUCUCUUAUAAUGCACGAUAUCUUUUUACAGCUACAGUUUUGUGUGUUCUUUUAUUUGCUCAUGUCUAAAGCACUUUGUUUAUUAAACAGUGUUUGACAUGUAAUUAUAAAUGAUUAAAACACAGCUUUUAAAAUAAUUUCCUUUAAAAAGCAUUUGUGCCUGUCUUUUAUUUAAGAUAAACAAAAUGCUUGCUGUAUUUAUUAUACUUAUUAGAUUUAAAUAUUAUUUUUAGCUGUAGUUUGAUUCAAUAACAGUAAUAUUUUUAUGGCAUCUUAAAUAUUUUAAAAAAUAGUCAUAUUUUAAAGCUGGUAUGUAAUGGAGAGACGUGAGCACACUGAAGCACUUGAUUUAUUAAAACUGAUUUAUUCAAUGAAACCAUUUCUCUCUUUCUAUUUCUAUUCACUCAUGUGAUGAGGUGCUGGAAAUAAGCUAUGAGCUAUGCUGAUACCACUGUCUAAGAAUAAAUCUAAAGAGACAUAAACACAGUACAUGAUUUGAUUAUGCACAGGCAUGCAUCAGUUCUUUGUGGUGUGAUGGUGGCGUAGAGCAUCUAUAAAAGUUAAUUCAGUGCCACAGAGGUUUAAAGAACAGAGACUGAUCAGACUUUACCAAGAACUAACAAGUUGAUGAUUUUAAGUUGAUCACUAUAUACUUACAUGUAUCAACAAAACAGUUGCAGGUUGGUAAGAAAUUAAACACAGAAUGAAAUGUCUUACAUUAUAGUCGUU